GACAGACUGGUCCCGACGUUCAGUUGCUAAACGGCGAUCGAGCGCGUUGGAAUGCGCGGCUAAUUGUUGUGGUCCCUCUCAAGCGUAUUUAUUUGUGCAAUUAUUUUUUUUAUCAUUCCUUACCCAUCCUAGACCGACCGGGGUACGCUAGAACGGAACGGCACUUUUCGAAGAAAGUGACGCACGCGAACGUUUCCGCGACAAGAUAGCUAAUCAAGAAAGUGAAGAACAGAACGCAACAAGUGCAAAAAACAAAAACCCGUGACAAAACAGUAGUGCGCAAAGUUCUUAGUAUUGGAUUGUACUUUUUUUAUUUUGCUUUAUGCAUUUUGCUCUUGCAACCGAGCUAAUGUGUCCAAUCGGUUGCUAAAGCUUGUAGAGAGUGUAGAGAGCAGCAUUAUCUGACGAAACCAAUUAACUCGGUGCAUGCUGCCGCGUCAUGACGGCGGAAACGUUGAAACCAUUUCUCAAUCUACCGAACGCGACGGCCGGCGAUCUGAAGGCGCACUGUGCGCAAAAGUCCGCCGUCAAGCGCGGCCUGCUUGCGCUCGGAUGCAUUCUGGCGGCGACCCUUUGCUGUGCGCUCAUCGGUGUACAGAUCUGGCACUUGAACAAGACGGCCGCACUGCAGCGGGAAGUCGAUGACCUGAAGCAGCAACUGUACCUACGGGCUCGCGAAUUCAACGAAUACGAGUUCGACAACGAGCUGUUCGACGGGCAUGAUGAGUACGUGUACGAACCGGACCUGGAUCCGGAUAUGGUCGAGGAUGGCCACCGGCGCGAAACGGAAAUGAGCGAGAGUGGUUUGUCCAGCAGCGGCAUGCACGAAGAGGACGAAGACAUCGAGGGCAGCGAGGAAGUGGGCGAGGAGGAGGAGCACGAGGAACGGGAAAACCUUGGCCUCGAGGAGCUGAAGGAAACGAACGAGGACGUCCAAGACGGCGAAGAGGACGGCGAUAUACUGAUUGACGACAGUGUCGACAUGAGCGUGUCGGCGUCCGCGGCCGGUGGCAAGCGCCGAGCACGGUCCAUUUCCGGUGUGACCCGGCAGGGUGUACCGAUUGUCGACGAGCCGUACGUACCGCGCCGGAACCGCACUCGGCAUCCGCACCGGAUCUUUGAGCAGUUACGCCAGCGGCCGGAAGAGCUGGUCACACCGCCGACGUCGGGCGAGAUGUUCCGCUGGGAUGUGGAAAAUCGCAAAACACACACCGCCUCCCACAGCCAGCAGUCGUACGGGUCGAUCAGCAUAAGACCGUACCAGCACGAGAUGCAUCAACUUCGGGAACAUCACAGCACCACCACGCCGAUGCCCGUGUCGUACGGUUCACACUCCAGUGUAAGGCACCACUCGCGCAAUGAGCUGAACGCUGGAAAUCCGACUAAACCGCCGGCACAGAUACUGAACCGCAUGAGCCGCGUUCAGGCAACGGGCGAAAACAUGCGAAAGCAGCUCCAGCAGCAUCAGCAACAGCGAUUCCCCAAGGUGGUGGGAAAUCCUGGAACGCAAAAGGAGAUCGUAAUGGCACCAGAGUCACGCGUUCGGUUGCGGCAACGCAAAGCCGGAGCCGUGCAGGGCGGAGCCGAACCCGUUGCCAAGGGGCUGCAUCUGGUAAAGCAAUCGCCGAACGGUGUUUCCCACCGGAACGUGCGCCAUCGCGAUUGGACCGCGAAGGACAAUGUUAGCAAGCAGGCCCUCCUGUCCCAGACGACCUUUACGUUCGACGGCGAGCAGCUUACCAUCAACGAGCCCGGCCUGUACUACCUUUACGCUCAGGUGACGUACGACAACGAGCACGGCAACAACGGCUACAAGGUGAUGGUCGGCGGCAAAAAGCAUCUCUCCUGCACCGUCCAUGUGCAGGGACAGAACACGAACGCCUGCUUUACGGCGGGAUUGACGGAAAUCGAAACCGCCGGCACGACGGUCGCGAUCGAGGACUUUGACCACGGUCGGCACCACGUCAUGUACCCGGAGAAAACGUUCUUCGGCGUGUACAAGGUGGGCCGGCUGCCACCGCACACCGGCCCGAACGGGAGACUGCGCCAAGCCCGGAAGGUGCUGCCUUAAUGCUGGCAGCGGAAACAGGGCGUGAAGGCGAUUGUGAAGCGAUUGUAAACUUUAUGUACUGUAUUUCGGCAUGUGUACCUGUAUGUGUGUGU